AUGGCUGACAAGAAAAUAAAGGAAAAGAUCAAGAAUAAAGAUCGCAUCGUAGCAUCUCUUCUGCGGCAAGCUGAUUUUUUGGAAGCGUAUGAUGAACUGCAGACAGGUCAAAUUCAAGCUCGUCUAGAAAAGCUUGAGAAAAAGUGGGAUGAGUUUGAGGAAGUCCAGGAGGAAAUAGCUGCCCUGGAUGAGAAGGGAGAAUAUAAAGAGGAAUGUUUGAAUAUCGAUAAGGAGUUCGAAGCUCAAUAUUUCGAAAUACGAGCAGAGUUUUUGGAAAAGUUACAAGCUACUACUACUCCAGCAGGAGGAUUUGAUACGAGUGUUGUGCGUAAUAAUACUGCAUUGGGGAAUCACACUGGCGUCAGGCUUCCGCAAAUAUCGCUACCUGAAUUCAACGGCGACUAUCGCAAUUGGCUUUCAUUCAAAUCUACUUUUGUGUCAUUGAUUCACGAAUCGAACGAUAUCAAUGAUGUACAAAAGUUUCAUUAUUUGAAAUCAGCACUGAAGGGUGAAGCUGCAAAGCUCAUACAAUCCCUCACUGUGACAGGGGAAAAUUAUAUAAUUGCUUGGGAAACGAUUACCAAACGGUACUCGAAUGAAUAUCUGCUUCGAAAAAGGCACUUGCAGGCCCUGAUGGAAUAUCCGAAAUUGGAGCACGAAUCGGCUGCGGCAAUCCAUGGUUUAGUUGAUGAGUUCGAGCAACGACUAAAGAUACUCAAACAACUAGGGGAGCACACAGAACACUGGGGUGCUAUGAUCGUCCACUGGAUGUGCUCCAAGUUGGACAUGCUCACAUUGCAGUUGUGGGAAUACCACGUAGUAUCAAUCAAGGAACCGUCGUUCACAAUAUUGGUGGAAUUUUUGGAGCGGAGGACACGUGUGUUGGAAGCAGUACUAUCAAACACAGUAGAAGCUAUGGGUAAAUCAACCGUCAAACGUCAACGAGCAGUUGUAUCGGCCACCACUGAAGCUGAAUCCAGAUCAUCUGCUUGCUGCUGCUGCGGGGAUCAACAUCAUUUAGCAAAAUGUUCUCGUUUUCAGAAAAUGAAAUUUAAUGAGCGAUUGCAGUUCGUAAAUACAAAACGACUUUGUAGCAAUUGCUUUCGAACCGGUCAUUGGGUCCGCGACUGCAAUUCCAAGUCUAACUGCAGGACAUGCGAUAAAAGGCAUCACACUAUGAUUCACCCUGGUUUUCCGGCUGGUACUGGAAUGGCCAAUAUCCGCCAAUCUUCCUCAAAACAUGCAGGUCAAAAAGAUGCACAAGGAACAAGCUCUCUUUCAGUAACUGAUGGCAACGGAGCCUCGACACGCGAAGACAUCGAGGAACCUAGCGUCGGUUCAUACAAUGUGGGGAUCAGUUCCAAUAAGUCGAACGUAUUCCUAUCAACAAUUAUAUUAACAAUCCGAGACUGUAAUGGCAGAAAGCAUUUAGCACGAGCGCUUCUGGACAAUGGUUCGCAGAUCAAUAUCAUCAGCGAACACUUAUGUCAAAUACUACGUUUGAGGCGGAGAGCAGUGAGUGUUCCAAUUUGCGGAAUUGGACGAACGGAAUGUACAGCGAGGCAAACAGUGUCCGCUACUAUCGGAUCAAGAACGACAGGUUUUUCGGAGGAAUUAGAUUUUUUGGCGAUGCAACGGAUUACUACAGAGUUGCCUUCAGUAACAGUACCAGUUCAACAUUGGAGAAUUCCGCAAAAUAUGCAGUUGGCAGAUCCAGAGUUCAAUAUACGCAACAGCAUUGAUUUGCUUCUCGGAGCAGAAUGCUUCUACGAUUUUUUCCUGGAGAACACAAUGAAGAAGAUGAGUUUGGGCCCAAAUCUUCCGGUGUUGGUGGACACUGUCUUUGGCUGGAUAGUGUCGGGACGUGCGUUGUACUCUACUGAACAAGUAGUUGGCUGUUGUUUGGCUGCGGCUUCGGAAAAUUUAGACCAUUUGUUGGAACGAUUUUGGAGAGUUGAAAGCAUCGACGAUACGCCUGCUUGGUCCAAAGAUGAGAAGGACUGCGAGGAACAUUUUGUCCGAACACAUAGUCGUGACAUAGACGGACGGUAUGUGGUGCAGCUACCCAAACGAAUUAACUACGAAAAAAUGCUUGGUAAUUCACGAUCGAUCGCAUUAAAGCGAUUCAUAAAUUUAGAGAAGCGACUAAAGCAGGACGCUGAUAUGCGGUGUCAGUAUAACGCAUUUAUGGCGGAGUACCUUCAACUAGGACAUAUGCGAGAGGUUGAUCCUGACAAACUAAAAUUGGAAACGGAAAAUGGAUUUGUCGUUUGUUAUUUGCCGCACCAUGCAGUAUUGAAGCAAUCGAGCACGACAACCAAAGUGAGGGUUGUGUUCGAUGGAUCCGCCCAAACGGAUUCAGGAUAUUCGUUGAACCAAUCAUUGUUGAAGGGACCUACAAUACAAGAUGAGCUCUUGUAUUUACUACUACGCUUUCGCAAGCACGAAGUUGCACUCAUCGGAGAUCUGGAAAAAAUGUACCGACAAGUGAAGGUUGAUGAUAAUGACGCCAAAUUACAACGCAUUUUUUGGCGGUUCACGUGCGAGGAGCCAAUGAAAGAGUACGAACUACUCACGGUAACGUACGGUUUGACGCCGUCGUCAUUCCUCACCACAAGAGUACUUCGACAACUUGCGGAGGAUGAAGGAGAUAAAUCGACAGAGGCAAAGAUCGCCUUGACCAACGACUUUUAUGUUGACGAUUACAUAGGCGGGGCACCAAGUGUAGAAGCGGCAGUGGUUUUGCGGGAACAAUUAACUGAGUUGUUGGCUAAAGGAGGAUUUUUAAUUCGAAAGUGGUGCUCGAAUAAACUCGAAGCUCUGGAUGGCGUUCCAGCGCAUCACCUUGGUACGAGAAAUCAGAUAGAUUUUGAUAUUACUUCAAACGAUGAAGUAAAAACCCUCGGAAUAUCAUGGAUACCGACAACUGAUCAACUUCGGUUUUCCUUUAGCAUCUCAGCUAUGCAAACGGAAUGGACUAAGCGGCGCAUUCUUUCGUCGAUUGCCAAGCUUUUUGACCCGCUUGGGCUAAUAUCGCCUAUAAUUGUAACAGCGAAGAUUUUCAUGCAAGAGCUUGCAUUGUUGCACUGCGGAUGGGAUGAUCCUGUUCCAUCUGAGAUGGCGGAAAGGUGGCUAACUUUCUACGAAAAAUUGGAAGGAUUAUCUGAAUUGCGAAUUGAUCGUUUCGCGUUCAUAUCGGGAUGGGUCAGCGUGCAACUUCAUUGUUUCGCUGACGCAUCGGAGCUGGCUUAUGGCACCUGCAUUUAUGUACGCUCUGUGGAUUGCACUGGUAACGUGAAGGUGGAAUUAUUAUCCUCCAAAUCUCGUGUCGCUCCUCUGAAGCGGCUUACGAUUCCGCGGCUGGAACUUUGCGCUGCGAAGGAGGCAGGAAUGCUGUACGAGAAGGUAUCAAAAUCUCUUUCGUUGGAUAAAAUACCCGCUUAUUUUUGGUCUGAUUCGACGAUUGUGCUGCAUUGGCUGAAAUCACCACCUAACAGGUGGAAAACGUUCGUGGCCAAUCGGGUUUCAUCGGUCCAGACUUCAACUUAUGGCCACGUCUGGAAGCAUGUAUCCGGUAAAGACAACCCAGCGGAUUUGGUGUCUCGCGGGUUGCCUGUAAAAGAGUUCAUUCAAAGUAAACUGUGGAGGCGAGGGCCAGAAUGGUUACAGGAUCCGAACAAUUGGCCCAAAAACGGACCGGAUGAUUCAUUUACAUAUGAAGACCUGGAACUUCGUGUUAGUCUACCAGCACUGGCUGUGAGCACUCAGCCAGACCCAUUAUUCUACUUACGUUCAUCUCUAAACUCACUUCUACGUAUCGUCUCUUACUGUUUGCGUUUCGGACACAAUACCAGGUUCCAAGCAAAGCACAUCACUGGACCUUUAGCUGUGAAGGAGAUAGGAAAAGCCAAAAGGGUGUUGACGCAUUUAGCACAAUCUGAACACUUCGCAGAGGAAAUCAGACAAUUAAGGAAACCGCAGUUAGUCCUCAAACAAUCAUCAUUGAGAUUACUAAACCCCUACCUAGAUGAGGAAGGAAUUAUCAGAGUUGGUGGUCGUCUUCGAAACUCAUCUAUUGAUUAUGUUACUAAGCACCAGGCAAUACUACCCAGUCAUCAUCCUUUCACUCGUAUGAAUUCUGGCCGAUACACGGCAAACGAGUGGUCAAUGCAGUUCUACGCAGAUGUUAUCGAUGCUUCCGUGUCAACCCUGCAAAAAUACACCAACCCAUCGGUCAACUUCCCGGAGCACGUGUUCGCCCCAGCAAACCUUUUUCAGUUACGGGCGUGGAUUACUGUGGCCCUUUCUUUUUGA